AUGUUCUUCACCUUCAUCAUACUGGCCUUUGCGGCCAUCACUUCAGCCCACAGCGUCAUUUCAUAUCCCGGCUGGAGAGGGAACUCUCUUAUCACGAACGACACAUUUCCCUACGGAAUGCAGUGGAUGUAUCCAUGCGGCGGAAUAGGAACCACCAAAAACCGCACAUACUGGCCCACCACCGGCGGCGCCCUCGCCUUCCAACCCGGCUGGUUCAGAGGCCACUCCCUCGCCGUCAUCUACGUCAACCUCGGCUUUGGCACCGACGGCCCGGACAACGGACCACAAAACAUGUCCAACCCCAUGGUUCACCCCUUCACCAUCCAGGGUCCCACAAACAAUCCAUACCCAGGCACAAUCUGCCUCCCGCAAAUACCGCUCCCCGCGAACGCGAGCGUCAAGGCCGGCGACCUGGCAACCAUUCAGCUCGUCGAGCUGGCUCAGCACGGAGCCGCCUUGUACUCUUGCGUCGACAUCAUCUUCGCUGAGCCAGGGGACCCCAAGAUUGGCGAGGUCAAUGAAACGAACUGCUUCAACUCGACGGCCAUCGGAUUCGCAGACAUGUACACUAUUGCGAGCAAGAAUUCCGGAAGCGACAGCUACAUCACAUCGGGGGCUAGUUCCCUACGAGCACUGAGCUGGAUGGGAUAUGUGCCCCUCGCCAUUGCCGGCUUGCUAGCUGUGUUGUAA